AAGACAUUGAAAAAAGGAAGAAAGAUGAAGAGGUUGCAUUUUCACGUUACUAUAAAAAGGGGCGGUCCAUUUCACUGCAACAUUCUACGUUAAUCACAACAUACAAAAAGAUUUCGCACCUUAUUUUAAAAUUUUAUUUAUAUACACAUAGAGCUUAGCUCUCUGUGUCUGUAAAUAAUGGAGGUUUGUGGUGGGUUAGGUGUGAGGCUUGAUAGGAAGUCAUCAAUAGAAAGUGAGCCCAGAACUCUCACUAAUUCUCAAUUCCAAGGUGCAAGAGAUGCAGCUUUAUAUGUGGUGAAUACAAGAAGCAUAGAAGAAGCUGAGAAUAUAUUUACACAGGGUCUAGAGCCAGUGGUGAGCGUAGCACAGGGUAGAGGGUCAUCAAUGGAUUUAGAAGGUGAAUUCAUCUGCAUUCGACCUCCAUUACAGCUCCCUGAUGGGAUAAGAGAUGUAGUGUCUGCACCUUUCUAGCAUCUUUCUAGCUCAGUUUCUAAUUUUAUUAAUUUAAUUAUCGCCAUUGUUGUUGUUAUUCAUAGCAUACUGAUACAUACCCACACUUUGUAUUAAAAUAAGAUAGGAGUUACUUCAGUUACUAACCAGCCUCGCAUCCAAUGUAAAGCAUCUUUUCCUUUUUCUUUUGUAUCAGGGAUAUGAUUCUUUUAUCUCA